AUGACUCGUACUUCAGUUUUAGCCGACGCUUUGCAAACUAUCAAUAAUGCUGAAAAAACUGGUAAACGUCAAGUCUUGAUUAGACCAUCUUCCAAAGUGAUUAUCAAAUUUUUACAAGUUAUGCAAAGACAUGGCUAUACUGGUGAAUUUGAAUACAUUGAUGACCACAGAUCUGGUAAACUAGUUAUUCAAUUAAAUGGUAGAUUGAACAAAUGUGGUGUUAUUUCUCCAAGAUUCAAUGUAAAGAUUGCUGACAUUGAAAAAUGGACUGAAAACUUAUUACCAGCAAGACAAUUUGGUUACGUAAUCUUAACUACCUCUGCAGGUAUCAUGGAUCAUGAAGAAGCAAGAAGAAAGCAUGUAUCUGGUAAGAUCUUGGGGUUCGUUUACUAA